AGAACUCGAGAUUUUAACAGCAGUGAGAUGGGAACACAAACAUAUAGGAAACUGAGUGAAGACACAAAGGAGAAGAGAACAGUAGCUGGGGUUUCCUCUCCUAUUGCUGAAGAAGGACCAGACAAAGGACGUAAGCUAGGACAGACAAACAUGGGUUUGGGGAUGGGGGGGAGGGGAACUUGUGGUCUGCUGGGCAGUCAGUCAUAGGAUUUGUCUCAGUGGUAACAGUGGGUGGAAGAAGUCAAGGGGGAAAUGGAGAAAACAAUGAAGAAUCGAAGGAAACUCCCCCCCCCCCCCCCCCAUCGAAGGCAGGCUAUGUUAAGACUGGACUCUCCCGGGAAGCUGAGUGGACAGAGCCCCAAGCCUCCUGAAGCCUGACACAUCCGUGGAAUCCACAAACUACUGGUGAUUGGGAGUCAUGAGGGACCCUGUGAGCAGCCAGUACAGCUCUUUCCUUUUCUGGAGGAUGCCCAUUCCUGAACUGGACCUGUCCGAGUUGGAGGGCCUGGGUCUGCUGGACGUGUCCACUUAUAAGACCCGAGGCAACAACAGUGGGAAAAUGUCUGAGGAGGAGCCAAGCAAAGCUGGGCAGAAGAACUGUCCUGAAGGCGAUGCCCUACUUGAGUACAGCACCUUCAACUUCUGGAGAGCCCCUAUUGCCAGCAUCCACUCCUUUGAGUUGGACUUGAUUUAAGGCUAACACCUCUCUAUCACCAUUUCUGUAUUUUCUUUUUCUUUGGCCCCUUCCUCCCUAUCUACACUUCUUUUUAGCCCUGCUUUCCCCCCUUCAUUGUGUUGAGGUGGUGCUAAAAGAAUCUGCCAUGGAAUAGCUAUUUAUUUAUUGUUAUUUAUUUCCCUCUAUAUUGUAUCCCCACAGGCACCCCUCCUUCUCUACCAAGUCCUUCAAAUCACUUCAGAAGAGGUAUGGUUCUUCAAAAAAAAAGGUCCUAGGUAUCCAAAUUCCUUUCUCUCCUGAGACUAGCUUUAGAAAACAAGUCUGACUGGGCGGCAGGCACAAACCAACCUGCCUCAAAGAGGAGCAGUACAGUAGUGAGAGGUGUGGUAAAUUGAUUCUUGACCCCAUUGUUACCAGCUUUACAGUUUACCAGCCUUUCCAUCUCUACCCCUAGGUCAGUUAGCAUGGGUGGCUUUCUCACUAAUUGAAAAUUCUGGGAUUUUUAUUUGGGAUUGUCUGCUAUAAAAAGGUAAAGCCUGUUCCAAACAAUAAAGUAACCAAGCGUCUUUCCAGACCCAGAAGUAAGGGAUGAAGACUUAAGCCCUGAGGCAACAUGUUGGAAAAAUGGAGCCAAGUGAAAAUACUUAAGCAAAUUCUGAAAUAAUUGAAGCCUUUCCCUCUCUUCUAUGGAGUUAUUUUCUUUCCUCCUCAAGACUUCUCUCUUCCUCAGCUUUGUUCUUAACUGAAGAACAUGGGUAGGGAUACAGAAAGUUCACUAAGAAAAAAAAACACUUAAAUCUCAAACUUUAACAUGUUAUUUUGCUGUUUAUGACAGUCCCACAUUGUUGGGAGCAGGUCCUUAAGCCUGUUCUUAGCUCCAUCAUGUAACCUACAGUCUCAAAGGACCUCAGCUUCAACCCCUUUAGAAAUUACCAGCCCAGCAGUCUCUAAUGGUUCAGGUACCUUGAGGGCAUGAAAUAAGAUGAUCAAUACCUUCUUCACAUCCUGACACUUUACCACACUAUCUUUGAGAGUUCUCCAGUCUUUCCCCGUUAUUGCUGCCCAUUUGUGCUGACAAUUCCUCACCCUCAUCUAAUAAAGCUGUUUAA